UUAUAUUUACUUUAAAUAUUCACAAGCUCAGAAUAGAAAUGUCUUUAAGGAGAUCAGCAAGAUCAAGGCCGUCUACAGGAACAACAAGAGGUGUAAGAUUAGGAGUGAAAUAUGCAUGGGACCAACCGGAAAAGAAGCCUAUUGAGUAUGAAAGUGAAAAAUCAACUUCUAAAUAAAUUGUCAGAUACUUGGGACAAGAGGAGAUCUAGGUACAUUCAAGGGUAUACCAAAAUUAACGAGAGAAAUACUACAACAUGGAGAGAAACCGACCCAGAUCCUUCAGAAACUCUCGAAAGUACUAACUACCACCUAAAAACAAGAACACACAUCCCUUCCCCUGAAAAACCCUCAUCUAUCAAAUCCCCCAACACCUUUCAAAAACCUUCAAACCUCCCAUCCAAAAAACUCCGCUUUUACAAACCUGGCCUAAACGCCCCAUCUCUCCAUCCUCCCCCAAACCCCACUUCUCCCCUCUCCCAGGCCCAGUCCUCUCCUCUCCGUCCCUCAGCUCCUUCCCAGCCACCCCUCUCCCCCUCCAAUCCCUACUCCACUCCUCGCUACACCCCUCAUGCCCAGCCAAAACCCCUCUCACCCCAAAAAUCCCACACAAGUCAUCCUCCCCAGCCAGAAGUCCAGCCUGUUCCUUCUGCAGCUCUUGAAGCUAAGCUUCAAGAGCUGCUUGAAGAGAACGAGUCUCUUCAGCAAGCACUUGAGGAGGAGCAAGAGAGGGCGAAGGCGGGCCAGGACCAGAUUUUGUGUCUAAGAGGGGAGCUUGAUAAGGUGAAGAUUGAGAAAGAGAAGGAGGCUAGGACACUGGAGGGGAAGGAGAGAGAGAAGUACAAGCAAGAGAUAGCUAAUUUGAAGUAUCAGAUGAGGAGCUUACAGGAUAGGGAGGAAGCUUAUAUGUCAGAAAAAGCACAUCUGAAGUUGGCUAUUGAGAAUUAUGAGAUGACUAAUAAGAGAUUGAGGGAGCAAGAGCUUAGGUCACAGAAGGAGAUUAAUGCUCUGCAUGAGAGGGUUUCUGAUAGGGAGGUUAAUAUUGGAGAGCAUAAGAGAUUGAAACAACAGCUUGACUCCUUGAAGCAGACAUUUGAGUUUGACCUUAAAACUGAGAAGGAUAAAAGUGAAGCUCUGCUCAGAGAAAACCAAAUUCUUAGAGACCAACUUUCCAAAAAUCUUACACUGAUCCAACAGUUAAUGCUCCAAAUGGAGACCCUCAAAGCUACAGUUCAAAGGCAGGACCAAAAUAUGGUUGUGGCGUCUAACGAUGAAUACUUCAAACAUCAGUUAUCAGCUUCUCCAAAUCUCUCCCCUCCGUCAAACCCAGGGCCACAACAAAUCAUCCCUUCACCCAAAGGGAUCCAAGGGUCAUUGUCAACUCCAGCUCUUAACGACUUAAACGAUCGGGCUGGAAUCAAGCCUAAGAAGCACUGCACCAUAAAUUGUAUAUUCUCGCCUUACGGAUGCGAGCAAUGCGAAGGCAAGAGAUAAGCACUGAGCCAAGCCAA